GAGAAUUGAUUUAGAAUCUCAGCAUUCCGUUUCACAGAUCAUGUUUUAAUUGUGAAUUAGCAUUUUUACAGAUUUUUAAGGUAAUAUUUGUGCCAUGUAGGUUAGGAAAACAAAAAAAUCUGUCAUGUACUCAGUGGAGACUUGUUUGCUGUAAUGCCAAUUUUUGUAGACUCUUUUGAGAUGAUUGCUGCGGAAUCGACAUGAAUUUACUCCUAUUGAUUUGUGGAAACUGGAAAGAGUUCUUCAAAAUGAAAAAAGUGCGGAAUUAUGAUCUGCGUUGCUUCGUCUACAUCUUGUUUGGUCUCUUCGUGCUCCAACAAACAUUUGCUGAACUGCGAGUUCAACAUCUGUCUCUAAAGAAGAAGUCUUGAGCCGUGGUGUCUUCUCGGACUCAAGCGACAUCUGGACUAUCGAUCUUCUAAGAACAAUAAUUUGCAUCUAAAGAUUGUGAGUUGAGAUGGGGAACAAGCCAGCGAAGCAAGAGCGCGAGGAAAUAUUAGUAAGAGCUAUGCCUCCAUUGGAUCGAGCCUUUGUUCGAUGGCUGGCCCGAGAUGUACGAAGGUUGCAUGCUUUUGCUCCAAGGAAUCCUCGAGCUGUAAAGCCUCCCGAUCAUUACAUUGAGUACAUGCGCCUAUACGGCUGGCUUGAUUUGGACACGAAUGAUCCCGAUCUUGCUCAGUUGGUCAAGUAGAUGUAUAUUCUCAUUGUUGGUUCUUUUACUUUAGGCAAUCUAAGCAGAUCCGUCCGCCCAGUAGAUCACAAUGUCAUUUGUUUUUUUUUUUUUUUGCCUAGAAAUUGGACUACCUUUCUGCAAGUCCCAGACUUUUGGUGGGCAGAGGUUGUUUUCUUAUUCUAUAUUUAUCUUAUAAUGUAAAGAAGUGCUACUUUCUGAGCUUAGAUGCUGCCUUGCCAGAUUACUAGCUUUGCUGCUUAAAAUGGGAUCUGAGUUCCAAGUGAAAUGGAAUUUGAGUUAUUGGUGAA